GGAAUGAAGGAUCUUCCCGAUUAUAUCGCCAUAAAACCAAUGCCACCUAUUCCGCUUAAAAGUGUAUUCACUGCUGCCGGCGAUGAUCUCAUUGAAUUAAUUUAUCAGUGCUUAAGGUUUGAUCCAAAUAAAAGGUGGAAUGCAACUGAAGCACUCCGCUCUUAUUAUUUUCAAUCGCUUCCAUAUGCAUGUGAUGAUUGUGACUUGCCACUUCCCAGUACGAGUCGGUCAUCAGUUUUUAAGCGAAGACGCCGAGACUAUGUAAAUAUGGAUGAUACUCCGACCAAAUUUCGUAGACGGCUUGAAUUAGACUAA